AUGGCAGGAUACCAGCUCUGGUCCCCCUGGAGCCCCCUAGAUGAGAGUUUGCAAUGGCUUCGCCACACAACACCUACUUUUGCUUCCAAACAUCCUUUUAGAUUCUCGCCUUUUUUCCCACAGAGCCCCUGUGAUGUGGAAGUUCAACAGUGCUUUCACGAAGUAGCUGUGGUCUCUGUGAUGCCCAGGAUGAUAGCCGCAAGGAGCUCAGAGUUACCUGGCCACCCACUUGAGCCACAGAAAGGAACAGCAGCCAAGAAGACACCAACGAUUAGGAAGCCCCAGCCCAUCAGACUCCUUGGGGUGGAUUCAGUUUUUGGCAGGGUUAUUACAGUCCAGCCACCCAAGUGGACUGGGACCUUCAAAAUUUCUAAAACAUCGGCCUUCAGCAAAAUUAUCAGCAAAGAACAACAGUGGCCCACUGGACUCAAGGAGCCCCAGAUUGAGAUGACACUGGCCAUGUGCAAACAGAUGCUACGCUCCAUUCUUCUGCUGUAUGCAAUAUACAAAAAGUGCACCUUUGCCCUGCAACACUCCCAGUAA